UAGUAAGAUAAAUCAAAUAGAUUAUGCCGAGGAAAUCUCGCACUCGUAUUGAUGUGCAUGCUUCAUAAUGAUUUACUCGGGAACAUGGUGAAGAGGUUCACAAACCAACAUUGCAAGAGUGGGACAAAAGCAAUUUAGAUGUGCUUCUUUCUCGGUCAAGAUAGGUAGCUUUAUCGAGAAGACGGUUAAAUAUUUUUAUCAUCGUUGGUUGGCUAGCAUAAAACGGUAGAAGUAUUGUACUCCAUAAAGAUAUCUACUAGAUUAGAUUAGCAAAUUCAUAGAUGGAAUUUCAUUAAUUCAUGGAUUCAGUUUUAUCGUACCAUUUUGAACAAACUAGAAAGGUUCAUGUUUUAAGCCGUUUUGCUAAAUACAAUGGUGUUUUACCAAAUUUUUUUUUUUUAAUCUAGAAGGUUAUACCACCAUAGAAUCAAAUGCUCUCGUUUUCUGAUUGGGAAAGGGAACCCCAUCCAUUCUAAUCAAGACGUAUACAUUUUGAUAAUUUCAUGUUUGUCUCCUGAUUGAGAAACUCUUGAGUCUUGACCACGCAGCAAAAUCAGUGAUUAGACGGCAACGGCUGCAAAUGCAUCUAGGGGCCUAGCUAACCAACUGCACGACGACACGCGCGUUUCGAAAUCUCCACUUCUGGGCUUCACGUCAGUGACAAAUGAGCCCCUCCAAAAUGCCAUCCACGAAUACAAAAACUCUUUCUGUUGCCGUCGCGGGGAUCACCAAUGGUCGCUGUUUGUCUGUUUGCUGUAAAUAAACUUCACAAUCUUAUUAUAGUUCCCAAGACAUCAAUAAUGAGAAGACGAAACACAAAGUUGUCGGCUUCUUGAUUACCAGUACGCAAAGCUCAAAAUUACGUAAAUCGUUUUGCAAGUUCAUUGACAGUUUCAGAUUUAGAUUAGCUAAAUAUGGUCAGGUCCUUUUCCCCUUCGAUUAGUUUAUUGUCAAGAUUACAAAUCAUAUUGCUAAUGCUAGCUAGUUGCCGUUUAGCAUAAUUGAACUUGCAAAACAGCUACCAAAUAAACAAGCCCUGCAAUUUCAAUGCAACCAAAAAUCAAGUUCACAGAGCACAUAAGCAAUUUGGUUGGUAGAAAUGGAGAAACCGAACUCUCUCUGUCAUCUCCUGCUAAUCAUUGUACUCCUUCCACUCUGGUUAUCACUUGCAGCAGCAGCAGCAGCAGCCGCCUCUGAAUCAACCAUCAACUAUCUCCCUGGUUUUGACGGCCCUCUACCGUUUGAAUUGGAAACAGGGUACAUUGGAGUUGGAGAAGCAGAGGAAGUGCAGCUGUUUUACUACUUUGUGAAGUCGGAGAGGAAUCCAGAGCAAGACCCACUUCUCCUCUGGCUCACCGGCGGCCCUGGCUGCUCUGCCCUUUCAGGCCUUGCCUUCGAAAUCGGUCCCCUUCGCUUUCAAGUAGCGGAAUACAACGGAAGCUUGCCGACUUUGGUCUACAAUCCCGACUCCUGGACAAAGGUUUCCAGCAUUAUAUUUGUAGACUCACCAGUUGGGACUGGAUUCUCUUACGCGACAACAAACUCGUCUGCAAUUCGACCGAGUGACAUUGUUCAAGUUUCUCAUGCUGAAGAAUUCCUCAGAAAAUGGCUAAGGAAACAUUCCGGUUUCCUGUGGAAUCCACUUUACAUAGCAGGGGAUUCCUACUCAGGCAUCACGCUUCCGGCCAUAGUCCAACGACUUUCCAUUGGAAAUGAAAAUGGCGUCCAGCCAUUCGUAAAUCUCAAGGGAUACAUGAUUGGGAACCCAGUAACAGGUGGUGGAUUUGACAACAACGCACAAAUUCCAUAUGCACAUGGGAUGGCACUCAUUUCCGAUGAACUUUACCAGUCACUGAAGGAAAGCUGUGGGGGAGAGUACGAGAGAAUAGAAGCCACCAACUUGAAAUGCCUCAGCAACUUAAAGGCUUUUCGUGAAUGUUUGUCAGGAAUCCAACCAGGAAGUAUAUUGGACCCAAUAUGUGGCUUUGCUUCCAGAAAGCCAAUGGAGAUUGCAGCCAGAAGAAAAUUCAUGCAAGAUAAAGCUCAACCAGAUUCUAGUUGCAGCCCACAAUUUUACUCAUACGUGCUUUGCAAAUACUGGGCCGAUGAUGUACAUGUCCGCAAAGCGCUUCAUGUCCGAGAGGGGACAAUAGACGGAUGGAUCAGAUGUAAUUAUGGGUUAGGUUAUGUAUGUGAUAUUCCAAGCAGCUUCAAGUACCAUGUCUAUCUUUCGACCAAUGGAUACCGUUCAUUGAUCUACAGUGGAGACCAUGAUAUCGUGGUGCCAUUUUUGGGGACACAAACCUGGAUUCGAGCUUUGAACUAUUCCAUUGUGGAAGAUUGGCGAUCCUGGCACGUCCAAGGCCAAGUUGCUGGGUAUACGAGGACUUACUCUAAUGGAAUGACAUAUGCAACGGUUAAGGGCGGAAUGCAUACAGCUCCGGAGAAUAGACCAAGAGAAUGUUGUGCUAUGUUCGUUAGAUGGAUAAAUAAUGAUCCUUUGUAAUUAUCCAUCAAACAUAGUGUUGAACACACAUGUUAUCUCUAUUUACUACCAACUUAAUUUGGUCGUUAGUCGUGGAAGUUGACUUUUCGUACUUCUGUUGGGUUUGGUUUCUUUUCACUGAUAAAAGUUUCGACCCUACAAGUAAUUUUAACUUGAUGUUUACAGUGCACUAUUUAAUAAAAAACCACACUGACUGUUUUUUGGAUUCGGUUACUCUAAGACUCUCUCCAACCAUACCUCUCAAGUAUACACAUCUUCCCUCUCAAAUUUACACUUUUACAUCUCAGAACUAGGGGUGGAAAUUGGGGUGGAUGUGGUUACCCGCCCCACAUUUUGCGGGUACCCAGACCCACAAAUUUACAAUUAUGCUACCCACAACCCGCACGCAGUGGUUAGUGGUAACCAUUACCCACUGUAUGUUUGUACGGAUUGGGUGUGGUUACUCGCAAAAAUCCAUAUUUAUAAGCAUAGAGUUCUAGUCGCCACUAAUGUAUUUGUUGUUCGCAACUAAACUAUAGUGAUAUACAAUUGUGUUGUUCGUGGAGAUACAAUUUUGUACAUCGAUCUUACUCAACGUGGAGAUUUUUCUUUGUGAGUUUGGUAUUCAACUUUUGUGUCAGAGAGCUGUGAUUUCAUAUUUCCCCGACUAGGGGUGAAUAUGACAAUUAAAUAUGAUCUUGUACUUUUUUCACACAAAAGCAAAAACAUUCUGAUAAAAGUAACAAAAGUUGUUCACUUUUAAUGAAUUGAUUAUUCUCCACUCUAUCGAUUAUAGUGUUUUAUAAACUAAAAAAUUCUUACAUAAAACUGGCAAGGUGUGUCUUUUUUAUGUGGUGACUACUUUAAUUUUUAUCCUCGCACUUUUCACAUACUUUUAUAUUAUAAAGUUAAUUCACUAAAUAAAUAUAAUUAGUGUGGUUAUUGUGGAUUUUGUGGAUUAACCGCGGUAGGUAGUGGAUAACCACUAACCACAAAAAUCGUUAUUUUACUACCCACUACCCACAACUUGUGGGUAUGGUUACCCACAAUAGGUGCGGGUUGGUUGCCGUCGGUCUCUGUUAUCUCGGCCAUCGUCGAUCCAAAGGAUGGGUCCAUCACUUCCUUGGAAAAUCUCAGAAAUUUGGCUGUGGCAAGCAACAUACCAAUCGUCUCAAUUACCAAUCUAGUAAGGUGACGUGACCCACAUUGUUUAAAUAACUGUAAACAUUACCAUUCUGUAAAUUGACUUGCCGUCAAAGAAGCCAUUGUAGGUACCGGAGAAAGAGGGAGAAAUUGGUGGAAAGAACAGCAAUCUCUGCCCUGCCCACAAAACAUGGCGUCUUUAAAGCUUACUGCUACCGCUCAAAACUAGAUGACACAGAACAAAUAGCCCUUGUCAGGGUAACAAGAAGAACCCAUAAGGAAAACCAAUUUCCAUGAUUCAUCAAUUAAUGAUUGUGUGGUUUUUGGCAGAGAGAAAUUGGGAACGGUGAGGACGUACUGGUGAGAGUUCACUCUGAGUGCUUGACGGGCGACAUAUUCGGGUCGAGUCGGUGAGACUGCGGGAACCAAUUGGAUCUGGCGAUGCGAUUGAGAGAGGAGCCGGAAGAGGAGUGGUGGUGUACCUACGAGGGCACGAAGGGAGAGGGAUCGGACUGGAUUACAAGCUUCACGAUCACAAAGAGCGGGUUCUUCAAUUUGAUUAUUGUGAGUAAUGUCGGCGGUAGCGGUGACGUGGCGGCGAUGGCAGUGAUGGAGGAGGAGAAAGGAUAGGUUUAGGUGUUUAUUAAUAGGAAUUAAUUUUAAUUUUAAUUUUUUAAUAGUUGUAAAAUGAUGUGGAAAUUAUAAAUGUUUAAAUUUUAU